AUGAUAUUAUUUUUAAGAAAGGUAUUUUAGUACUCUUAGUCAUUUUUGUUUAUUCAGAAUUUAAUCGUAGAUUCAAAUCAUAUAAAUUACUUAAUCUUAAUGAUUAGAUUUACUUUUAGCUAAGGUUUGCAAAAUAUCUAUCAUUUUAGGAUUUGGUAUAUAUAUUGAUGAAUUAUACGGUUCAUUAAAUAUUGAAAUUCCUUAUUUUAUUAUUUUAGCAAUCAUAAACUUAUUUCAUUUCUUUCUACUUCUUAAUGAAAUAUUAAAAUCUUAUUGGGUAGAAUUAUAAGUAUAAUUUGAUAAAGUUAGAGGUGAGAUAAGAUAAAUGGUUCCUUGGAUUAUGAAACAUUCAUUUUUCAGUAAGCAUUUAGAGAACAGUUUUGAAAGAAGGAAUCGAAUUUAGACUCGAUAUUAAAAGAUUAAGAAGUAUUUAUUUAGUUAUGCUAAAUUAAUUAUCUAAUUAAAAGAUAAUAUUAAUUCCAUUUCUAAUUAAAUAAAACCAUCUAUAAGCAAUCAAUAACUAUUAUUAAAUUAGGAUUAAGUGAAGAAAUUUCUAAGUAUAUUUGAAUAUCUAAAUGAUUAUUUAUAAAGCAGAACAAGGAUUGUUAUCAGUUCAUUUUGA